CGAGUCUUCCUUAUGAACGUCAAAAAACGUAGAGUCAAGCAACCGUUGGUCAAUCGCUUAGGUCUAGAUGCUUGCUAAAUGACUUUCUUUUGGAAUUGAUUCCAACUGGGCUAUUUGAUUAAAUGUCGUUUUUUUGUACGUUGCAUCACAAGAAUACCCGAUAGCUAACCAUGAAUGGAUAUUGAUACUUAGGAUUAACGAGGAUGAACAAUACUGAAUAAUGUACAAGGUGUUGUUGGGUUUGGGAGUCAAUUUCUGAAAUCGGUCGUCAGUGGGUCCCAGGCGUUCCAACAUGGCAGAGAUCAAUGCCAACAAUGUCACGUUGGUCCAACUGCUCGAGGAUUACGAAUCGCUUAAGAUCAACAUCAACCACUUCUUUCUAAUAGUGGUUAGUGCCAUCAUCUUCUUCAUGCAAGCUGGAUUUGCUUUACUCGAGGCCGGCACUGUUAGAGCGAAAAAUGUGACCAGCAUUCUGACGAAGAACAUCUCGGAUAUGCUUAUUGGCGGCUUGACGUUUUGGUUGUGCGGCUAUGGUUUUGCUUUUGGCACUGGGAACGGGGUCCUUGGAUUGGAGCAUUUUGCUGCCAUUGGAUUGGAAAAAUCAGGAUACUCAUUUCUAUUUUUCCAGAGCACCUUCGCGGCAACCUGUGCCACAAUCAUAUCUGGUGCCAUUGCUGAGCGGUCCCACUUCAAUGGAUACGUGGUCUUCAGUGCUCUCAUUACCGGAGUCAUUUAUCCAAUCCAGACUCAUUGGUGUUGGGGACCAGGAGGUUGGUUGGGAGAGAAUGGUUAUUAUGAUUUUGCAGGAAGUGGCGUGGUUCACUUGGCGGGCGCAACUUGUGCAUUAGUAGCCUGUUGGAUCAUGGGACCCAGAAUUGGCAGAUUCACUCACGGCAAAUUGCGGGACAUUCCCGCUAACAACAUCCCCUUGGUGGCCACGGGCUUCUUCAUUCUCGUGUUCGGCUUUCUGGCCUUUAAUGGCGGCUCGCAGGCCUCCAUGAACCGUCCGGGCGACGGUGAAAGCGUGGCCAUGGUCUUCUACGCCACCUUGAUUGCUUGCUGCUCCGGUGGAGCCAUAGUCCUCAUUGCGUUCCGUUUGAAGACCGGCUAUUGGAAGUUUGGACCUACUGUCAAUGGGGCCUUGACUGGAAUGGUGUCGGUUUGUUGUGGUUGUGAUGGUUUUUACCCUUGGUCCGCGUGUCUUGCAGGAGCAGUGGGUGGACUGAUUUAUAUUGUUAUAGCCCAACUUGUCAUCAAACUUAAAAUUGACGACCCAAUCGAAGCGGUCGCUGUUCAUGGGGGCGGAGGAGCGUGGGGUUUGAUUGCAGGCCCGCUCCUCAGAGAGGACGGGGUCCUUUCCUCCUCGGCAUCGGCUGGAACACAAAUGCUCUUGUGGAACCUGAUUGGCAUGGCCUGCAUCAUUGCCUGGAACGGGCUGACCUCUUUUGUACUCUUCGGGACCCUCCAUAAGCUGGGCGUUCUCCGGGUGAACGAAGAAUGCGAAUUGAAAGGGCUCGACCUUUUCAAGCACGACGACUUGGCCUAUCCAGAAUGGACUCCCAAAUCUCUCCCCGGGAGACCACUUUCAUCAGAGAGUGAUAGUAGUACAUUGGUUCAAGAUAUGGGCCGAUUAGUUCCCAAAGAUGAGCUUUUGUUUCGAACUAGGCGCAAGGUCAACCAAAACCCAGGAGCUGUAACAGUGGUCCAUGGGGCUCCUGCGAAUGAAGAAGCACAUCCACCUACAAACCGAUAUUGAUAAUUCAAUUUUUGCACCACUGACCUUCGAAAGCUUGAAGACUGCGCCGCAGAUCAUAAUCGAAGUUGGGAGAAAACUAUGUUUCUAUUCCGUGUUUUAUUUAGAGCUGGAGGAUAGAAGGGGGUUAAAAGAGGUCAAAAAGGACUUGAACAAUGUCUUGUAAGUCGUUUAGCUUACGUAAUGUUUUACAAGAUGCAUUGAGUAGAUUAAUUUUAAUUCAUUUGACGUUGACCCCUACUAUUAUGAAUAAACAUCCUUUUUGUCCCAAAUCAAUAAAUCUUGAUUUAAUUGUUUGACAAUACAUAUUUAUAUUUUCAUAAAGCUUUCAUACCGAAAGCAUUUCUUUUCACAGGUUAUAUCAAAUUUAAGCUUUGUUUUUUUGCUUGCAUGCCAAGCGACUAACUGAGAAUGCGAAGUACCGCAUAUCCUACGGCGUUUUUAUUUGUAGAUCUCUUAUGCCUGUGUUAGGUGUGUAGGGGAUCCUCUCGAAUGAUUUAGUUAUUGUAA